GAAGAGUGACAAUCCGGUGUUUGCGAUUGUCUACUUGUCAAUUACGUGGUAUUUACACCGAGGGUAUAUUUGAACAUGCAGUGUUUCUAUUUCUAAGAUUUUAAUUAAUAUUUGAAUUACGAAAUCAACAUGGUAUAUUACUAUAUUUUACUAACAUUUUAUAGUAUUUUUCUGCUCUCUGUUAGUGCUCAAGUGGCUCCUGGAGUGCCACCUCAACGAUAUCAGCAACCACCUCAACAGUAUCAACAAGUACCACAACAACAGUAUCAACAGCAAGUGCCACAGCAACAGUAUCAACAAGUACCCCAACAACAGUAUCAACAGCAAGUACCACAGCAACAAUACCAACAAGUACAUCAACAAGAAAAUCAUCAAAUACCCCAACAACAGUUUCAACAAGUACCUCAACAUCAGGUUCCUGCUCAUCAGGGAGGCACUGACAAUCAAAGAGGUCAUCAUCAUAAUUCGGGUCCCAAAAAAGUGCUAAAUGCAGCUAAUGUUGCCCAAGAAGCUCAGCAUAUACAAGAACAUAUGGAUGUGCCAAUUGAUACAAGUAAAAUGACUGAACAAGAAUUACAAUUUCACUAUUUCAAAAUGCACGACGCUGAUAACAAUAACAAGUUGGAUGGUUGUGAACUGAUCAAAUCACUGAUACAUUGGCACGCUGGUGAUGAUAAGGUGAAAUCUCUGACUGAUAAAGAAAUUUCCAAUUUCGUCGAUGACGUUUUAACAGAUAUGGAUAAAAAUAAAGACGGUUUCAUAAGUUAUGUGGAAUAUCGGCGCCAUGGAUCUAAGCCGUUAAAUCCAAAGUAAAUUCAACAAUAGGGGAAAAUUAUUUUAUAUUUUGUAGUGGUUUUUCGUUCAAUUUAUAUUUUAUAUAACUGGAAUUUCUUUCAACAGAUAUCUAUCGGUACUGAAAACAAGAAAUCUCUUUAAAACGGGACAAGAGAGAACUCUUAAUACCAUAAACUCUGAGUUAAUUUUAAAUGUUGUAAAUUGAACUUAUUUAUGUGGUUUAGUCUCACACGUCUUUUAGUAAUAUCAACUAUUGAAACUUUCUUGCAGUACAAAACGAAAUUUCUACCAAUUUGUAUUGGACGAAUAAUCACUAUUUUUUUAUAAAAAAAAACAAUUAAUCAUAUGACAGUCUAGUAUUAAAUAUUUUAAAACCCGCUCUUCUAUAAAUAUGACAUUUUUUGUGCAAUAAGACAUUUUUUUUUCUAAUAUUUGAUUGUUUUAGGUCGACCGCCCACGAUGCAACUAAUUUGAAACAAAGGUUGCAAACAAGUUGAUCUUGCAACAGUUUGGCAACGUAUAACAGCAGGGAGCUGGUGACUCUAAUGAAACUAGUUUGCAAUCGGCUGUACGUAACCAUGAUUCCGCGAUCGUAGUUGCAUUGCAGUUGUUGUUUGAUUGUAUGUUUAUUUUUAAUUUUUUUCAAUAUGAGUAAUCAAGAACUGAACCUCAAAUUUGUGGAAAAAGUGGACAAACAGCUUUUUAUCGACAAUCCAUAUAAAGCUAUAAAUGUUCUAUCUGUCUGAGACAGUUUUUGGACUGCUAUGAACAGUCUAGAGUUCUAGAUGGAUCCAAUAUUCUCUCUGUAUCCUACGGUAUUGAUAAUAAUUGAUGACGUCUUCCUUAUCUGAGUCUCAAUACAUUGAGAAAUUACCUUUCACUGCUGCACCAACUGAUUACAAGUCGUAUCCGUGUACGCUCAAAAGUUUUAUUUUGAUUGGAAAACUAUUGCAAGGUUAACUGGUUUGCAACCUCUGUUUCACAACAGUUGCAUCGUAGACGGUAAAUUAAAUGAAAAUGUGCAUUAUAACUUAACAAUAAUUAUACAAUUACCAACCACAAACCAUCUGAUUAAUUUUAUUAAAUCAUUCUCUCCAUCAUCAUUCAAUCUAACAAGUUUUGUAAGAUAUAAUGCAUCUUUAUAAAGGCUGUAAAAAUCCGGACAUUUUAAGUGAAUUUAAGAAUUUAUUAUUUAAGUUGAAAAUGUUGUUAAUUUUAUUUUAGAUUUCAUUUUUAGUUAUUUCAAAAAGGGGCAAAGUAUUUUGUAUAUAUUUGAUCUGGGUUUUUGUAUACUUUUAAAAGAAAAAAAAACGUAUUUUUUCCA